AUGGCUUCAAAUAGCGCACCACGCAAACCCCGGAAGAAGGCAAAGCCUCUCUCCUUCUCCACCGCAAACAUCGGUACCUCUCCAUCACAAGGUUCAGCCAUCGCCUCCUUAACUUCGCCUUCGCAAUUGGUUUUGGGAUAUUCGGCGGGUCAGUUGAUUCGCACACCUCCCGUUCCUUCAUCUUUCCACAUCGAAGAUCGACAAUCUCCGCGGUCGCCCACUCCGCGCUCUAAGAUUGCAUCCACGAUUGCAUCCACGAUUGCUUCGCCUCAGUCGCGUGCAGGAGUGAAUCAUCCUUAUCGCGCUUUGGGAAAUAAAGCUGAUUUGGCUCACUUUGCAAAUUCACAUUCACAUUCUCAUUCACAUUCACCAUUUGCGAACACCGAAAGUUCACAAAGUGAUCUUUUAAAGAGAGAGACGGCGCAUGCUGGGGAAAUACCAGUUGCAAAGAUGGCGAGUUUAUAUGUUGGUGAUGGAGACGCACUUGCUGAUAACUUGAUGGGAGACACUUCGUCUUUGCCAGCGACAAGUAUGGCUACUGUUGCUUCGGCGCCACAAUUAAUCUCAAAUUCGAAUGCGAAAAAUCUCAGCGGCGACAAGAUCCUCAACCUUCCUCGCAACGAGGGUAAUAGAGAGACAAACCCAGUAACUCCCGCACAAGAACCAAUACUCACAACCAAUUCAGAAUUUCCCACCAACACCGAUGCCAAUAAACAGCAGUGGAAAGCUGCAGUCAAAGCCAACAAUCCCUCUCGCAAUCCCUUCCACUUAAGUAUCCCACCCCAAGUACAUCGACGCACUGCGAGCCAAGAAAGUCAGGGAAUCUCAAACAAUACGUAUAGUGGGAUCGCUCUCUCAAACGCUUAUACCCAAAUGGUUGAAAGUGUAGAGAAAGCAAAUGGGACUCAAGCGAAUAUGAAUAUUCAACCAACGACAAUGACGACCGGUCGAAACCCCUUUUCUGGACCUGCGUUGGAUGCCGCUCCGGAUUUCGAAGCUAAUUUCGCGGAGAUGAUGGCGACGUUGGAGAAUUCCAAACCGGGAGAUUUGAUGUAUGGGAUGGAUAUGAGUGGUCAGCUUGCGCAGGCUUCUUCUGUGGGGGCAGUGAUGAGACGGGGUUUUGAGGAUAUGGCGAAGGAUGGGCUGAGGAUGCAACCUAUAAAUCAUCCUACUAUGCAAGAAACUAUGUUGGGUAAUGGAAGUCAGGCUGGGGGGAUGCCGCAGGGAGUAAAAGGCAAUUUGUCGGAUUGUUCUGAGAUGGUUCAGUUAGGAUCGCCUUUUCAGACUUCGAUGCAGAUACAUCCUACGAAUCAUGCUACGGCGCAAGAGAUUGUGAUGAAUACUGGUAAUCAAGCUGGUGGGAUGUCGUCGGUGGUACAAGUCAAUACACCAGAACGUUCUUCGAAGUUUCAAAUGAGAUCGCCUUUUCAGAUUUCGAUGCAACAGCCUUCGACUCACUCUACGACUCAGCAAAACAUUACGAAUAAUGGAAAUGUAUUCGAAGGAACAUCACUGUCAACAGGUCAACAGACUGCUGUUGACUCUUCCCUCCGAUCUGACUUUCCAAACACUACGCCAAUGCAUCAAUCUAGUGGUCAGGGAGAUGUGAUGAAUAAUGGUGGGUAUAAUAGUGGUGUUCAAGAUGAUAAUACGGCAUCUUCAGAUAUUAUUGGGGAUUUCGCUCGAGAAUACGGUUCUGCGAAUCACAAUGCUUGGUUGACGGCGGAUAUGAAUGAUUCCUCGAUUCAGGAGAAUCCAGCAGCAAGUAUGAUCGGAGCCUCGCCUUCAACUCAUGCAAAUACAAGAUUGGAAAUGGCUGAAUCGUCAAAUCAAGCACCUUUGCCUAACGUUGUCAGUCAUCCAAUGGAUGGAAUUUUGCUUACUGGUAGCAAUCAUGGGAAUCUGGCAAGUGUAUCUGGUGGAUAUAACAUGAAUUUUGCGCCAAAUACCUCGAAUCAAGUGAUGGGUGGUGCUCUUCCAUCUGGACUUGCACCAGAUACACGCACAUAUCAUCAGUCUUCUCCUCAGCAGGCUAUACGUCAAAGAAGUGCUACUCCUGUACAUGGACAUAAUCCUAAUAACUCAAUGGGAUCGGGAUUCGGUCAUAUGAGCCACAAAUCCGCUACACCUACUCAGUCAGUCAUCAAUCAUUCCAAUGCAGGCUUGCCUGCAGUAGCGAAUGCAAUUGCUAGAUCGACACGAUCUAGCUCGACAACAAUGGCCGCUCCCGAAAUACCUUUCGAUGACACCGCUCCAAACCCUUUACAUCCAGCCAGCGUUCAUCUAGACACUCCAAGUAUGCCAGAUGCGCCACUUUUCUCAACUCGCAAUCCUUUACACCCGCCCAGUUUUCAUCAACCGACACCUCGUGUUCCAUGGCCAACAUCGCGUGUUCCGAUCCCGCCAAACCCUGCCGUAUCGGGUAAUACACUGGGUUAUUUCGAGCCGUCUCAAACGUUCAACUCUCAGGAAAAUGCGAAUGCGAACGCGAACACAAAUUUGAUGAACAUGAAUAGAGAUAUGAUCAUGCAAUUUAAUCCAGCUUUUCAACAACAUCAAUUCAUGCUGAAUCAACGCGGUCAAAAUAAUCUACAAUUGCCGCAACAACUUCAUCAUCCCAUGCAAUUAGAUCAAUUCGAAGCCAUGAUGGAUCAAGCCGCCGUGGAGAACGAAGCAAAUGAGCGUGGGAAUCAAGCAAAUAUACCAGGAUAUACUCCACCCGUCUCACCACCCUUUUCUCUUCUAAACACCUUGUUCCAUAACCGUGUCAUUCGAUUGGACAACCCUCAACCUGUGACCGAGGAUUCCUUCGAACGCUCACUUCUAUUUCAAGUUGCUGCGGGUAUUAACUCUUCGCUUCAAGGAUAUAAUCUCAAUAGUCCCAUGCCUUUUGACGGAAAACCCGCUCCUCGACUUUCAAACUAUCUGACUCUAGAUCAUCGCUCUAAGAAGAUUGUUGAUGUAGAUGAUCGGCCAUUGGCUCUAAACAAGCUAACCAUUGGAGAAAACUUCGAAUGCGAUUUCUGCACCGGAACCCCAAGUUUCGGUGGAAUCAAUCGAUACAAUCACAAUUUCGUCGAGAUCUGGGGUCCCGCUGGUCGAGAAUGGUGCGCUGAAUGCAAGCAAACGGGAAAACACCUACUCGGCGGCGCUCUUCCCGAGAAGCACGAGCACAGUAACAAAGGCAAGCGAGUCGCCCAAGAAGCCGCCGGUUGCGGUCCCGCGGCCAAAAAGCCCGCUCGUUCGGCAUCCGUUUCUUCGAGCAAGACGACUCGUGCGGCGACGGCGGCGACGGCUAGCUAUGAUCGCUAUGCGCCCCUCUCUGAAGAAUCCAACGUCUUUGGCGAGCCUCGGGAAAUGCUCUCGCCGAUUGAUAAUUUGUUGAUUAAUCCCUUCAUGCACAAUCUCACGUGUUGCGGCGCCGCGUAUCGACAAGUCGAUCUGGGGAAGACGAAAAUCUGUCUCGGGUGUAAGGGCAGGAAGAGGGAGAUUGUGGAUCAUGGGUGUCAUGAGGAGUUUACGCAUAUUGUGGCGUUGGAUAUGGAUGGUCGGUGGCAGGGUGGGUAUGCGCGACAAUCUUCGGGUGCGGGUUUGAGGGAUGGAGAGGGUGGAGAGGGGGCUGUGGAUGGGAGUUUGGGGGGGUUUAGAUUUGAUGUCGGUCGGGAUUUGAGUGAGGGGAAUAUGACGGUCGAGGAGAUUAAUUCGAUUGUUAAUGUUGGGUUGAAUGUGGGUGGUGUGCAAGCAGGCAGUGGUGGUAUGAGCUCUGGAGGUAUGAAUUCGAGUGGUAUGAAUUCAGGUGGUAUGAAUUCAAGUGGUAUGAAUUCAAGUGGUAUGCAGUCAGGCAGUGCCGGUAUGAAUACUGGUAUACAGUCCACCAGUGCGCAUAAAGACAGCACAAACUCUCGCCGAAACUCUCUCGUCAACUCACACACCCAUCCCCACCUGAGUAGCAGCAUAGAUAUCGACCUCGACUCCGAUCUCUACUGCGACAUGAACUCCAUCCUCAACAGCUCCAUGGACUCCAUGUUCGGCAACGACGAUUUCUCGUGGGGCAAAUCCGGCUGGCUAAGCCACAGCACCUCGACUUCCAAUUCCGCCGUUCUGCUUCCCACUCCCGCGACUACAUCUUCCAUUCCCGCUCCCGCCCCCCUCAACGAAACCCACGAUCAUCACACCCACAUGAAUCGACAUCCGCACCGUCCCAUCUCCAAAUCCUGCAUGAUUUGUCCCGCGCCCUCUGUUUUUCUCUGCGAUGGCUGUCCCUUGACGCUCUGCGAAAAAUGCAGAUAUCGUCUGCGAGAUGCGAAGGGUUGGUUGAAUAAUCUGAUCUAUAGUAAUGGGGUCAGUCAUAAUCGGAAUGAUGCGUUUUUGUUGAGGAGUGAUGAUGGUGGGUAUCAUGAUUAUGGAAAGUUCUGGCCCAUUCCGGCGUAUGUGAAUGGGAAGGGGGUGUUUGGAGAUGGGGGACGUUGA